UAUAGAAACUUCUAGUCCGGUCACCAGAAAAUGGAGGAAACAUUUGCGAACUUUUCAAAGUUUGGAGACUCUAAGUCAACCGGAAAGGAAUUAGAUAACAAGAAAUUCAGCAAGCUGUGUAAAGACUCCGGGAUUAUGGGAAAACUUGUCACUUCUACAGAUGUCGACAUCAUCUUCUCCAAAUAUAAACCGAAAGGAGGUAGAACGAUAACCCUGAAAGAGUUUAACUUGAUACUGGACGAGCUGUGCGUAAAAAGGUUUCCUAAAAAGGAAACACUAGAUGAGAAGAAGGGAGCUAUCAGGACUCUUAUCGCUGGAAAGGGACCAAAGACUAAAGGAACAACGAAGGUCAGCAAGAAGGGAGGAACAGAUCGUCUAACUGAUACCAGCAAAUAUACAGGAAGCCACAAGGAAAGAUUCGGAACGGACGGAAAAGGUAAAGGUCUGGAGGGAAGGGAGGACGUCAUUGAAGAUGAUGGUUAUGUAGUAGGGUAUACCAACAAGGACACUUACGAAAAGGAUCACGAAGAUAAUUGACAAUGGAAACAUAGUGUUGGAGAGGAUUGGAUCUUGGUUGCUAUUUUGGUUCGCAUGUAGAUAAAAUUACAGAGUUGAAGCCUCAUCGUACAUAAUAUUAUAUGGCCCUUCAUUUAUGCACAUAUACCUGCAAAUCUUCAUUUUUUCCGGAAACUUUGACAAACCUUUCUAGUGGUUUAACUUAUCGAAAUGUUUCGAUAUGUUAACCCAUUAGCAAAGUUUCUAGAGAAUUUGGAAAUCUUUAGGUUGUAUGCCAAUGAUGUGUUUAAAUGACUGGACUAACAGAAAGAUGCUGAUACAGUUUUAUUAAUAUUAGCUUCAGCCUUCAAGAAGAGUAGUUUUGUUUUAUUUUCAGCUUGUGAAAUUGGUGUAAAGUAAAGAGUUUAUCAUAAACUUUUAACAUUUCAUUUUUCUAUUCAGCCAUUGUGCAGAUACAUUUUCAUUUACUUUUGU